UUUUUCCACUCCACAUAACCACUGGUUUCUGGUUAGAAAACAUAAUCAAGAGAGAAAGGGAGAGGAGAGAGAGAGAGAGAGAGAGAGAGAGAGCGAUGAAGAUGGCAGCUGUGAACAUCUUAUCUCAGCCAUGGCCGCCCACAACAUCUCUCUAUGCUUCCAAUUCCAAUACUAAUUCUUUUUAUAUUUUAAAUAAUUAUAAUAAUAAUAAGUCCAACGCUAAUAAUAGUAAAUUACAUUCUUAUCGCUACUCAGCUGUCUCCUCACUCAAUGGACCAAACCCACCAUCCAAGCUCUCUCCAAUGCCCGCCCAAUUCUCCAAGUCUGGCUCAUGACUGGUCUUCACCUCUUUCUAUGUUCGGGAUUCUACUUGCAGGCAGUGGAUGUUCCUGGAUGCAAGACAAUUCCAUGCGUCACAACAAUUCUGCCGGCAGUGAUUGUGGGGAGGGUCCAUUGUAUUCUGUGUUUCCUACGAAGCCUGCAGUAGUUUCUUCUGUGCAGGACCUUUUUAAAUUUAUAUGCUCAGGUCCUUUGAUAGACAAAUUGGGUCUGACCCCAGAAGCAGUGGCGGAGUCCAUUGACAAGUGGUUGUCAUAUGGGUUGCACCUGUGCCGGCUGUUUCAGCUCAAUGAAUUAUAUCUGAACGAGCCUCAGAAAGUUAGGUUGUAUCACUACUAUAUUCCGGUAUUUUUUUGGUGUGAGGAUCAGAUUUCUCAGCACAGAUCUUUGUACAAAGCUGGAGAUGAUAUUCCACCCCUAGUGAUUGGUUUCAGUGCACCACAAGGUUGUGGAAAGACUACACUUGUCUUUGCUCUUGGUUAUCUUUUUAAAGUCACAGGCAGGAAGUCUGCCUCAAUAUCCAUUGAUGACUUUUAUUUGACAGCAGAGGGUCAGGCUAAACUAAGAGAAGAAAAUCCAGGAAAUGCACUUUUAGAGUUACGUGGAAAUGCAGGCAGUCACGAUCUUCCAUUCUCUGUUGAAGCAUUGUCUGCUCUAACUAAAUUAAGUAAACAAGGUAUGAAGAUGAAGCUACCCCGAUAUGAUAAGUCUGCUUACAGUGGAAAAGGCGACAGGGCUGAUCCUUCAACAUGGCCAGAGGUUGAAGGGCCACUUACAGUUGUUCUCUUUGAAGGUUGGAUGCUUGGCUUCAAACCCCUUCCCUUGGAAGUUGUCAAAGCAGUUGAUCCACAGCUAGAGACAGUAAAUAAAAAUCUUGAAGCGUAUUAUGAUGCAUGGUACAAGUUCAUUAAAGCAUGGAUAAUUAUCAAGAUCAAGGACCCGAGCUGUGUCUACCAGUGGCGUUUGCAGGCUGAGAUUGCCAUGAGAGAGGCAGGGAACCCGGGAAUGUCCGACGAUGAGGUAAAAGACUUUGUUUCGCGAUACUUGCCAGCAUACAAUGCCUACCUUCCCACCCUUUACUCCGAAGGACCAGAAGGGUCGGACUCAAAGCACCUCAUCGUCGUGGAAAUCGAUGAGGGAAGGAACCCUAUCCUUGGUAACUAGGUGAAAUAAUUUGAGAGAUGAGAUCCGUUGAAGCCCAAUUUUGAUUUAUUGGAGAUGUCAUUUGGUAUGGGUGCCUGGUAUUACAGAAGCAUCAUGUAAUGAAAAACAUUUCAAUGUAAAGAAAUAUUGUGUAAUUACAAUUCCCGCCAAUAUCCAUUUGGCAAAUUGGUAACAAAACUUGUAAAGGAUUUGCUGCUUGGUUGUUCAAAA